AUGCGUUAUAUAAUAUUGCCAUAUGUUUUGGAUAUAAAAGGAAUAAAGCUUACCGGUGUGGUUGGUGGUAAACAUCGUGCGGACCAUGAACCAAGUGAGAAGGACAAAGAAAUUGAUAUUUCUGAGUUUACUUCUUUUUUAGAAUCAAAGUCCAUACCCCGAUUAUCCUUCUUCCUUUAUGACCUCUAUCGUGAUCUGGACCCAAUGGUUCGUGUAAAAAGUGGUGCUAACAUACGAGUUCAAGAAUUGAAAAUCACAAGGUGGUGGUUCCAAGCGAAGACUGCCGUUUCUAAUAAUAAAGGAAAAGAAACUUUGUGA